GACAUUUUUUCGACACGACACUUUGAGCAUAGGACCCUUCGGAGUAUCUUCAGGACAAUGUGAACAAGUUUGGUGUUCAAGUAGAGGCGGAGGCAGGAGCCGAUGCAUGGAAUCAUCUUCGUGUCACUUUGAAACGGAUCAAAAGCCCGCACCAUCUUCGAGAUUUUUUCUUGGAAAAGCUGGAACUGGAUGUCACGGAUCCCAAAGAUGUCUGGCUUCGAAAAAUUGGUCUGAAAGAUCUUGUUGUUCCGCGCGAAAGAGUCAUGGCUGAAAACCGGGAAAUCACACUGGAUCCAGCAAGCAUUAUGGGCCUCUACGUUCGCAAGGCGCAAAUCGAGUACAAAAAACUGGAGUUCGAGGAGAUGUGCAAGUUUUAUACCGCACUCGAAACUUACAUCACAGCUCUCGACAAGAGCAAUCACACUUCUCAGCUGAAGGAUCAACCUCCAGCCUCAUCUGAAGAGUCCACUGUCCUAUCCGCCUUUGACAUGGAAAAAUACCUUGACCUUCAGACGCAGCAACUCUCAAACCCAGGCGAAGUUAAUAUACCCGAGGACUUGAUGGCCCAUGUCUUUAAUAUUCAAUCGCGGAUGCCGGCCCUUGCAAAGACUCACUACAUCACAUGCUUACAUGCACAGCAAACCGGGAAUUUUGAAGUCGCAAUUCAAAGCUUGCACCGGUUCUUUGAUUAUUCUAUGGUUAUGCACGACCGCGUGCUCUAUCAAUAUGCUCUUCUCAACCUCGCAAUGCUUCACGCUCGCUUCUCGCACUAUGAGCAAGCACUCAUUGCACUCCGAGAAACGAUAGAGGUGGCGCGUGACCAUAUGGAUCAGGAAUGCCUCAGCUAUGCACUGAACUGGCUAUAUCGGUUAUCCGGAACUACUUCAGGGUCGAAUUUAGAAGCCAACGAAGCCCAAAUUCUCGCCAACCUUGAUGGAAAGACGGAUGGUCGGGCAUUCCAUUAUCUGCAAUCGCUGAGCGAAUUGGCUGUCGCUAAGCAAAUGCAAGGAGAGUCAAUGCCCAGGGCGCUCGAGGCGUUACUGAAGGCAUCGUCCAUUGACCAGCGGCACUCUUUGGAAGGUAUCAGUGGCGUCGUUCAGUUGUACCAGUCCAGGAUUUGGGGUGCAUAUGGCUCUUCCUCCCUAUCAUCCUUGUACUCCCAACUCCAGUUGCAGUACCAUCUAUCCGAGGCAGAUAUGAAUGAUGCCGCCCUCGGCUACUCCAAGGCUGCGAGUGAUUUGGCACUGGAGGGUCGCUUUGAUGAGGCCCUUCGCGUGAUUGAACUGGCCAAAACCAAGUUCCCUUUGGAGACUAUGAAAGCAACUCCUUGGGUGCAAACCCUAGUCCAGAUUUUGCACAGAAGAGCCAUGUCUAACAAUCAAGUGCGGGAUGCAGAGCUCUGGACACAUCAACUCGGAACUACGCUGCUCAACACCUCAAUACUGAGCUCAUCAACGGAGUCGAAUGUAUCGAAUAUAUCAAAGAUCGAUUCCACAAGCAAGUUAUCAUCCUAUGAGAAUCAGCCAGAUGACGCGGGUCGGGAUAUUCAAUUGGAAAUCCGCUUGCAGCGAGCACUAGUCAGUGUUCUUGCUGGGAAGAGUCUUUCGGGAGUGCAGCAGUUGUCAGAGGGAUUAGCAGUCGUACAGAAGAGCCAAUGGCCAGGGACACGCAAGUUCUCCGUCAUGUACCUUUUGGCAUUGGCGGAAAUAUACAUGGAAUCGGACAGCGCAAUUUCUGCGAUACAGCUGCUGCUGACUGCCCUGAGCCUGAGCGAGCAUAAUUUGCAACGCCCAUUGCUACUCCUUGUGAGACUGCGACUAUCUGAAGCUCUACUGUACUUGGACUCUGUCAAGCAUGCAAGCGACCUCGUGAAUGACAUUAUGACAAUGGCACUGAAUCAAGGUGACAUCUUUAUUCGAUCGGUUGCCUAUUUCCAGAGAGCAAAAUGCUUGCGGGCGCAGGCCAAUAAAAUGGUAUCUCCAUUAGCAGCGGACUCGAUAGAUACAGAUUCAUCGCAAAACUUUGUCUCCAGCCAUCAACGCCUUCUCGAACGUAUCUUGGAACAUUUGGACCGCGCUUUUGAGGGGUUCGAGUCAAUAGAGUCCCUGAAGGAUAUGGCGCAGGUCCUUUAUUUUAAAGUACGUGUGUAUCGUCAGCUGAGUCAAACGGAUGAAAUUGAAAAGACGCUACGUCUGUUCAAGACUAUCAGUCUGAAACUAUCUUCUGCGCGGAACAAGCAUGAGCCGAACUGGUAUUCCUACUACUACGCGCUGGAUGCAUUCGAUGGAAUCUUGGGAGUCAACGAUGACGGCGGCAGCGUGGCCAGUGAUGCUACUGCACAGAGCAAAAAGGAUGGAGGCGGCAGUUUGCAGAAACAAUCACAGUUAACAAAAACCGGUUCUCCAGAGGGAUUCAAGCGGGCAGGAUCGAGCCACUGGGGCGGAUUGAAGAGAACCCCCAGUCAGCUGUGGCAGUCAGCUAUCACACCUCAGCAGGUAGCGGCCUUGUCACCACAGGCCGAGCAAGUCGAAGUGGGGAAGCCUGAAUCGGACGAGGAUAAGGAGGACCCGGAGGAGGAUGACAUGGAGGUUGAUACAAAUUUGGGAUCAGGUAAUGGUAGUUCGAGUAACAUCACCAUGUCUGGCUUUCAGGAGGAUGAUAGUGCUGGUCCAAGCCCGAGCAAGAAGAAGAAGCGGCGAGUCGCUGAAUAAACGACAUGCAAAAUUGUCCUGUCGCGUCGCACAAGAAAUGUCAAAGCAAUUUCAGUCACACUCUUAUUUGAUUUGGAAGACUUCGCAACCACUUUUCCUUAUUCCGCCGCUCGCUUCAAACCUCAUUCAUCUUUUGCUCCUUCACUCAUCGAACCAUGCUUGCUCAUGACAAACGCGAGAAAUCGUUAGUCGCCGUCAUUGGUGCAGGCGUUGUAGGACUGACCACGGCUCUAUUGCUGCAGUGCAAUAAUUAUG